UGCCUUUCUUUGUCUUUUUGUGAUAUUUGCAAUGAAUGUAUGAUAAAUACUAUUCAAAUAUACCUCAGAAAAAAGGCAGAGCAUAAAAAAAAUGACUGGCCAUAUGAAGCUCCUGUUGUUUGGGAGGCUGCGAACGCAACAAGCGCCACAUGAAUGUGGGUGGAGCUGGAGGUUCAGACCUGCUGUAGCAGCUCUGGCUGUGAUCAGAGUUGUUCCAAAGGAUGUCACCAUGCAGAAGAAAAACGCGCUAUAAUGGACCUAAAUGCGCUUCCGGUUGGGGCUGUUCAUUAAUCCACUAAGCCAGGAUUUAAAACAAAUUUACAGGAAAAGGACGGAUCUGAAGGCGCGUGCGGGUGGAUGUUUUUGUUAUUAUUUGUUUUGAGUUGAAUUCUUUUAUGUUUUGUUAGCUGUUUAUUCUGAUGAAAGCCGCCAGGUUGCGUUUCUGAGACCAACGCGGAGCGAGGCAGAGCGCAGCGCCCAUCAGCCAGUUUUCCUGCGAAUAAAACUUCCUCUAAAGUUCUCUUUAUGGCGCAAAAUGACAGACUCUAAUUUGCGGAAUGAAAGCAACUAUGGGCUGUCUCCUGAAGCGUUCAACGACUCUGUUCUGGACCGCUUGUUUCAACGUGACAACAUCACAUGUCAGAACUUCACCGUGGACUCGCAGGCUGUCGGCGUCGGGAUCUUCCUCUCUGCUUUCAUCCUGGUGGCGAUCGUUGGGAAUAUUUUGGUCAUCCUGUCCGUGGUGUGCAACAAGCAACUGCAGAACAUCACCAACUUCUUCAUCAUUAACCUGGCCAUGGCGGACCUGCUGCUGAGCAUCAUCGUGCUGCCCUUUUCCGCGUCUUUAGAGGUGCUGGGCUGCUGGGUGUUCGGCAGGGUGUUCUGCAACAUCUGGGCAGCUGUGGACGUGCUCUGCUGCACCGCCUCCAUCCUCAGCCUCUGCAUCAUCUCCAUCGACCGCUACAUCGGGGUGAAAUACUGCCUCAAGUACCCGAGCAUCAUGACAGAGAGAAGGGCAGUGGCUAUUCUGGUGCUGGUGUGGGUCUCAUCCGUGGUGAUCUCUGUGGGACCGCUGCUGGGAUGGAAGGAACCCCCGCCUGUGGACGAGAGCAUCUGCAGGAUCACAGAGGAGCCCGGAUACGCGCUCUUCUCCUCGCUCUUCUCCUUUUACCUCCCGCUCAUGGUUAUCCUCAUCAUGUACUUUCGGGUGUACGUGGUGGCCCGCAGGACCACGAAGAGCCUGGAAGCGGGCGUCAAACGGGAGAGGACUAAGUCUGUGGAAGUUGUGCUCCGGAUUCACUGCCGCAGCGUGCUGGAGGACGCGCGUCCGGCCAGCUCCAAGAGCAGCAAAAACCACCCAUUCCGAAGUUCGCUCUCAGUGCGGCUCAUGAAGUUCUCCCGGGAGAAAAAGGCUGCUAAAACUCUCGCCAUCGUGGUGGGGAUGUUCAUCCUCUGCUGGCUGCCCUUCUUCUUCUUCUUGCCAUUAGGUUCCUUGUUCCCUUCGCUGAAACCGUCUGAAACUGUGUUUAAAGUCAUCUUUUGGCUGGGAUACUUCAACAGCUGCAUCAACCCAAUAAUCUACCCCUGCUCCAGCAAAGAGUUCCAGCGGGCUUUCACUCGAAUCCUCAGGUGUCAGUGUCGCCAAAAACGGAGAGUCCUGCGUCGCUUCUACGACCAGAGGUGGCGGACAGCCGUGAAGGGGAAAACGAUGGAUCAGAGGGGGGACUACCAUGCCGGCCUUGCUGUUCGUGAAACCUGUGGGAGCUCUUUGUUACAUAAGAGGAAACGCUGCUCACUGGGUCUAAAGAGAUGGAGCAUUUUCCCACCUCUUCAAAAGUCCUCCUUUCAAUUUAAAGAAAAAGUGAACAACCUGUCAAAUAAAAUCAAGGGAGGGGGCGGGAAAGUCACCGCACCUGCACUGGGCCGAACUGAUACUGUGGACACCGUUUCUAUGGGGAUUUACAGCUCGUGUGAGCCGAGCAACUUUCAGUUCUAUGAUCUGCCAGAAUGCUACGGCCUGAAAGAGACUGACAUUUAGAGGGCCCUCAGAGAGUCCUUCAUUUAUUUUCAAAGACCCGUACUGGAAACAACUUGCAGGAAAUGCUGUGGCAAAGAAAGAUUUUGGGAAAACAUGAAAGCUGGGAAUAGUUUUCAUUCUGAAUUACAAAAAAUUAAAAUUAAAAAUAACUCCUCGGACAUGUUUUUAAAUCAUUCAAAUUUCAAAGCUUGAGAUUUUUGACAAAAACACUUCUACACCAAUCAGCAUCAUCUGUACUCUUGAGCCAGUGUCUCAUGCAGCUGUGGUCACUGGGAAGUCUUUGGAGACACAAAAUUGUGAAAAAAUGGACAAACCUGCAGUUGAACUUAGUAUGCAUGGCACUUUGCAACAGUUGUUAUACACGAUAAGGCCACAGGAAGCAUAAGAUUUGCUAUUUUGUCCUUAAAUCUUUUAACUUUGUGUCUGUUUUAAUAAUUCAUUGUGGAAACUAAAUUGAAAAACAUUAAAGAUUAGCUACAGAUACAAGCAAAAACAUUGUGUCUAUUUUCAAUAAACAUGUUUUGCACAUUUUUAGGAUCAUUUUCAAAUUUCCGGAAAGAAAACACUGAUACUCACAAAACAAAGCUAAGAAAGUUUGAGAAUGUCUUGAGACAUUUUUUUAAUGAAUUCACAGCCAAUGCUUCCUAUUUGCUUGCCUGAUGACUGCAGGAGACAGGCACCAGUCCCCCGCGACCCUGUGUGGAUAAGCGCCGCCAAUGAAGUGUAACGUCACGUGUCUACACCCCCUCCGGCAUCUCUCCACUGAUCACUUGUUUUUUAUGUUAGUUUUCAAUAAACAGAGCUAAACAGUGGCAAAAAUUACAUUUAUUAUCAUAGUUAACACACAUAGAGCUGUAGGCUGCACAAGUAAACAAAAGUAGGACAGUAAAGUUACAUUUUACAGGUUUCCAGCUGAUAAAAUAUGCUGAGGCAAUGGUUAACAGCCAAUUCUAGUGGAUAAACCACCCACAUUGUGGCAAAGUCUCAUGACAGAGUAGAAAAAGUUAAUUAUCUGCCCCACAUGUCCAGAAACAAGUUAUAGCCAUCUAACAACUUAUAUGCUUUUAUUAUACAGUAAUCAUGCACGACUGUGGGGACGAGGAGUCGGAGAGAUCCAACCGACAAAGAUCAGAUCAGUCCAGAGAAAUUAACGUGGGUGAAAGUGACAACACUGGUGUGGGGUGUAGUUCUGUGCGACCAGCGGUAACAGUCUUGUUGCAACAAUUACACAAAAUGCGUUGUGUAAUUGGAUCUGGCAACCGCUAACGUCGUUUGUGUUUCUGUUUAAGCUGCUCAUCAGAAUAAACAGAUCAUCCGUUAAUCUCCAAAGACGAGCGGCGUUCAGCAUUAACCCGCAAAAGAAAUCCGGCCACACCUGCGUUGGUUCAGCUGUGAGAAGUCCGGAUGGCCCCACAGCUCGUUAGCUGUUUCAAACAGAUCUGGAAGCUUUGUGCUAAACACCAUUAGCUUUGAGAUGUUUCUUUUUUGUUCUUCUGCACAAAGAUGCGUUUGAUUAUCUAAGUAGUAAUAUCUAAACCCCUAAGUUUUAUUUGUUAGUUUAAAUUUAAAGGUGUAGAGAGACCGCUCUGGAUACUGGCUGGAGAAGGGGUUCUGGCCCUCCAGCUUGUGUGGAUGUGCGCAGUUAUCCGAAUGUAAACAACACCUUUCAAUGGGUCUAUUGUCAAUAGAUAGAUGGAUGCUUCCAAUUUGAGUGAGAUACUGGUUUUCUUGUGUAUUUAUUCAUUUUGACAUCCAAAAACCUUCUCUGUGUUUUAUUAUUAUUCACAGUGUGACGAUGACAGUGGCAUCUUUGUUUGAUAUUUGUUGACUGAAAUUUUAAAAAGCUAAACAAACAAAUACCCUACUGCAGCUCUCUCAGAGAACUCUCAUAAGUGCAAUUUUAAUUGUUUGCCAGAAACUCUGAACUGUAACAUACUAUUAUUUACCGUUGUUACUGUUUUGACAAGACAUUGUGAAAAAAAAACAAUAACCUUAUAGUGUUUAUUCUGUUAGGUUUGUAUGGAUGUACAAACCUAAGUGAAAUUAGCAGUGAGUGACAAAGUGAAAAGAAUGUGCUUUUUUGUAUUUUUUGACUUCAUGUUUACAUCAGCUGUACAGAAAAAUAAAAAAUAUUUUAAAAAAACUUUUCAAAACAG